AUGUACAUGUCCUUCUCUCGCGCAACGUUGUUCCACCUCAUCCUGAAUCCGCUGCUGGUUCCGUCCCGCGCAUCCACCGCCCUCGCGCACAUCGCAUCGUCAUCGUCUGCCUCCUCUUCCUCCUCCCUCCACUUCAUCCACACUCAAUCGCCCGCCCGACUCAGCGCUUUCUCAAUCUUCCAUCCUCAGUGUCCUUCUGACCUUGCUACUACCUCCCGAGCCCACCACUCCAAAUCCUACGCCACCAUGUCGACCGAAUCAUCCAAAGCCCAAGAACAACACCACCAACAACAGGAGGAGCAAACCCCGGCGGACACCAACUCAAACAAAGACCAAACACAUCGACCUCUCGCGCUCCCCGACGCAAGCAGCGCCGACUCGCACACCCCGAAGCUCGACGUGAGCGGGAACGGCGAUUCCACUGUGACGCUGGACCACCUGGGACCGAUGGUGGUUAAUCAGGACGGAUCGCUAUCGCGGAUCACGAACUGGGCGCAGAUGACGGACAUCGAGAAGAAGAAUACGCUGCGGGUGCUAGGGAAGCGGAAUAAGUUGAGGUUGGACGCUGUGAAGGCCGCUGGAGGGGGACAAGAGUAA